GUGAUCGUCUUCCUGUAUUUUCAGCUACCGGCAGUCUGGGGACAGAUCCAGAGCAGAACGGGCUUCUUCGUUAAAAGCGUUUAGUGUCGUUUUUUUCAGAAAAACUACGACAGAAUCCAUUCGUGCACUUGUUAAAGCUGGGAUGACUGCAAAACAAACACACAUGGGCAUUGCGGAGCCAGUGGGAGUUCCGGAUGAGGAAGUGGUGACAGUGGAGGUGUGCAGUGAGUCUGACAUACAGGAGGGACAGGUGAUGGAGGUGCAGGUGUGCGGUCAGACAGUCCUGUUGGUGCGUAGCGGAGGGGUACUCAGCGCUCUGGGGAGCCGCUGUACGCACUACGGAGCUCCUCUCAGCACAGGGGUGCUGUCUGGGGGCCGGCUGCGAUGCCCCUGGCACGGAGCGUGCUUUGAUGUCCUGACCGGAGAUAUAGAGGAGUAUCCUGGCCUGGACUGUUUACCUCUUCACAAGGUGACUGUUGAGAACAAUCAAGUGUUUGUGUCAGCAAAGGUCAAGGCUCUGAAGCAGACUAAAAGGGUUAAGGAGAUGCACUCCCAAGACCCAGGAGUCACCCACACAGUGCUGCUGAUAGGAGGAGGACCUGCUGCUUUGAUUUGUGCUGAGACUCUUCGACAGGAGAAAUAUGGGGGCCGAAUUGUCAUGGUUACCAAGGACGACCUGCCACCGUAUGACAGGACCAAGUUGAGCAAGGUCAUGAAUGUGGAAGACGCCACUAUCAUCCUCCGACAAGUGGAGUUUCUCCACCAGUAUGGCAUCGAAGUCUGGCUGAAAAAGGAGGUCAAGUCUGUUGAUUCAGCAGCAAAGACGGUGACUUUGGAUGACGGAUCUGUUCAUCGCUAUGACCAGUUGCUAAUCGCCACAGGCUGCAGGCCCAGACUCCUGAACUGCCCGGGUGCUGACUUGCAGAAUGUCAGAAUGCUACGGAAUCCAAACGAUGCCAGAGAGAUCCACCAUGCCAGCGUCAACCGCCAUGCUGUCAUUGUUGGUGCCUCCUUCAUAGGCAUGGAGGUGGCAUCCUGCCUGGCGGACGUGGCUGCCAGCGUGACGCUGAUCGGCAGCAGCAGGCUCCCGUAUGAAAGGACACUCGGGCCUGAGGUUGGGAAGGUCACCAUGCAGAUGCUGGCAGAGAAGAACGUGAGGUUCUACAUGAAUGACCGUGUGACCGAGCUCAGAGGACAGAACGGAACGGUCAGUGAGGUCGUGCUGAAGAGUGGUGUGGUCCUGCCGGCCAGCAUCGUGGUCGUGGGCAUAGGUGUCAUCCCCAACGCUGAAUUUCUGGAGGGCAGCUCAGUGGAGAUGGACUCCAAGGGAGCAGUGAUUGUAGACAGGUUCAUGAAGACCAACAUCCCAGAUAUCUUCGGUGCUGGGGACGUCACUGCCUUUCCCUUGCCGGGCCAGGACGCCCAGCGAGUCAGCCUUGGACACUGGCAGUUGGCACAGGCUCAGGGAAGGGUGGCUGCCUUCAACAUGCUGGACCGGCCCCUGGAGAUGAGCUCUGUUCCUUUCUUCUGGACGGUCUUGUCAAAGAGGAGCAUCCGAUACGUCGGCCAUGGCGAAGGACAUACCGAAGUUGUCCUGAAGGGGAAUGUGGAGGAACUGAAGUUUCUUGCAUUUUAUAUAAAGGCCGAUGAUGUGGUGGCUGCAGCCAGCUUGAACUUUGACCCUGCCAUCUCCCAAUUGGCUGAAAGGAUGCAGGCGGGGAAGAGGACCACCAGGGCACAAGCCACAUCUGAAGACUUGAGCUGGCUGAAGCCGCUGUGACUCCCCCCAUGCUGUGACUCCCCAUGGAGUCCCUGCUGAUGGCUGUUGGGUGUCUUGCUCAUAUCAGAUCACGUAACUAUAUUACUUAAAAAGACCUAAAACUGUUACUUCUGUUUUUUUCUUUCUCCCAAGGUGAAGGCAGUCCUUUGUUUUCAUUCAUUGUCUCCAAUAUAUUUGCAAAUUAUUCAUUAUCAUUGCAGAUAAUUCAUGCACAUUUAAGCAUCACUUUCCAAGCUGUGUAUUAAAAAACUGUAAUACAUCUGGUAUAUUAUACAUGGACUUUAAAG